AUGUCUGAACGAAUUGUUGUGAAUGGUUUAACCAUGACUCCAGAGCUUCUUUUCAAGCUUGGCCAAGGCGGUGUCACUCUAGAAAUCGCAGAAUCUGCCUGGGACCGCGUAAAUCAAUCUCGUUCCUUGAUCGACACAAUUCUUCAACAAGGCAAAAUUGCAUAUGGCAUUAAUACAGGAUUUGGGUUCUUCGCAAAUACCAUAAUCAGUCCAGAAAACCUACGCAAACUCCAAUUCAACUUAAUCCGCUCACAUUCUGUCGGAGUAGGGUCUCCUCUGCCUCCAGAGCGCGUUAGGAUGCUAUUAGCGUUAAGGAUUAAUGUUCUGUGCAAAGGGUUUAGUGGAAUCAGCGCAUCCCUUUUAACCAAGUUAGUCGAAGCUUAUAACAAAGACUGUCUUUCUUAUGUGCCCGAACAAGGCACAGUAGGCGCCUGUGGGGAUUUGGCACCUUUGGCUCACCUUUGUUUAGGAUUAAUGGGAGAAGGCUUAAUGUAUGACUCUGAUUCUAAAGGAUAUAUACCAGCUGCAGAAGUCUUGGCAAAGAAAAAUUAUGAGCCUAUAAGAGAGCUGUUCCCAAAAGAAGGGCUUUCUAUGAUAAACGGAGCUCAAAUGAUAUCUGCGCUGUGUGCUGAAGCGCUUGUUAGGGCAGAAAUUGCUUCAAAAACUGCUGACGUCAUUGCUUCUUUGUCUUUAGAUAUAUUAAAAGGAACUUAUAAAGCUCUUGACCCGCAAAUACAUGAGGCAAGGCCACAUCCGGGACAGAUGGCUGUAGCAGCUCGUAUGCGAAAAAUUCUGAUGCCGAGUGGAGAAGGGUCAGAACUGAAUUUAAGUCAUAUAGACUGCACAAAAGUCCAGGAUUCAUAUUCUUUAAGAUGCAUUCCACAAGUCCAUGGGAUUACUCAUGAUACUUUAGAUUUUGUUAGGGCUCGGCUUACAACUGAGCUGAAUUCAGCAACUGAUAAUCCUAUGAUUUUUACUGAUACAUGCCAAAUUUUAUCUGGAGGCAAUUUCCAUGGGGAAUACCCAGCAAAGCUUAGCGAUUAUUUACUCUUCCCCGCUCUGUAAAUAAUAUUUUCAUGAUUUUAGUAUAAAAUUUAUAUAUAAAUUAUAAAAAACCCUUCAUGAGUAAAUUUUUUUCUCAUAUAAAAAGGGGUUAGGAAUUGCAAUCCAUGAAAUCGGGUCUAUCAGUGAAACCAGAAUACAAAGACUUAUGAACACCACUCAGUCUGGUUUACCCAGCUUUUUAGCUGACGAGCCAGGGCUUAACUCCGGCUACAUGAUGGUCCAUUGUACAGCAGCUUCUUUAGUAAGCGAAAACAAAGCCCUUUGUCACCCUUCCUCAGUCGACACCAUCGCUACCUCAGCAGGACAAGAAGACCACGUAUCAAUGGGAGGCUGGGCUGCAAGAAAAGCUAUAAAUAUUGUUAAAAACGUUGAAACAAUAUUAGCAAUCGAGCUCCUCUGUGACGUCAAAGCAAUGGAAUUCCUCAGACCUCUAAAGUCUUCAGAGCCCCUCGAAAAGGUAAUUUCCGCCGUCAAAGACAGAAUAGAAAUGCAUAACCAUGACUACGUAGUCAAUGAAGACAUAGAAACACUGAGAAAAAUGAUUUCUAAUGGAGACAUUUUAAAUGCUGUUAAAGAAUAUAUAAGCUAA